UUCCUUCCUGAAUCCCGGUGCGCGUCACUUCCGGUGCCCAUCACUGGCUAAUCGCCGGCUGUGCUGAGCAGCAGAGGGGGUUGUGUGUCGGUGAUCUCGCUGCUCGUUCUCCUCUCCCCGGGUUUACCAGCACCCCGCUCCCGCCAGCUCGGUCCCUCCCUCUCUCUGCCGGUCUCAGCAUGGCGGAUUUCGACAUGUUUGACUCAGUCGGUAAUGGGGUGUCCGCCGAGGAGGACCCGGCCGCCGCCUUCCUGGCCCAGCAAGAGAGCGAGAUCGCCGGCAUCGAGAACGACGAGGGCUUCAGCAUCCUGGACAGCGGGGAGCUGCCGGUAUCGGUGGACGGUGCUGUGGAUGCUGUAAUGAAUGGGGACUAUUAUCAGGAAUCUAAUGGACCAACUGAUAGCUAUGCAGCAAUAUCCCAAGUUGAUAGGUUACAGGCUGAGCCUGAAAGCAUUCGAAAAUGGAGGGAAGAACAAAGAAGCCGUUUGGAAGUACUUGAUGCUAACUCUGUAAAACAAGAAUCUGAGUGGAAAGAGAAGGCUUCCAAGGAGCUGGAUGAGUGGUACGCCAGGCAGGACGAAUUGUUACAGAAGACCAAAGCAAAUAAUCGGGUGGCAGAUGAAGCCUUCUACAAACAACCCUUCGCUGACGUGAUUGGUUAUGUCACAAACAUAAACCAUCAUUGCUACAGCCUAGAACAGGCUGCUGAGGAAGCUUUUGUGAGCGACGUUGAAGAAACAACUCCCGGCACAGAGUGGGAGCGUGUAGCUCGCCUUUGUGACUUUAACCCCAAGUCUAGCAAGCAGGCUAAAGAUGUUUCCCGCAUGCGUUCCGUGCUGAUUUCUCUAAAGCAGGCUCCACUGGUUCGCUGAAAUGAGAACACAAGAAGAACGUGACACUUCCGAUAUUUUAAGCUGUACUCAGAGGAGCUAUGUUUGAAAUUUGGUUAUUUUACCAAUUUUUUUUUUCUUUUUCCCCUCUCCCUAACCCCAAUCUUCUGGACCAAACACCUAUUGUAUUUGAUAUUGAUCAUUGUGUGUGAUUGGAAAUCUGUCUCAUUUCUCCCUUGUACUUAGUUAGACAUGAGAUUUGGAACUCAACAUGUCUCAGUCAUAGUCUCACAGUGUUUUUCUGCAUCAUACUAAUUCUCAUCAGUUUUGGAUUUGUGGAUAAACGCUUGUAAUAGUGAUCUGAACAAUCUACAAACAGUAGCAUCAUUACAAAUGUAUUCUGUAUUCCGGGUUACAUUUUGUCAAUGUCCAACUUCUAUGGAAGUCCUCCCUAUCAUAAAUGAUAUAUUCCUAUAAUUAAAUAAAAAUAUAAAAGAACGUUUGCUUGGCAUUCACCAUGCAUUUUGUUUACAAAUUAUGCUAUCCUCACUAAAAACUGAGACACUCCACAUCUAAACU